AUACAUAUGAUUUUAUACAUAUAAAAUGCCACCCAAAAUUGACAUUGAGCCUCCACCUUCCACCUAUUUUUCUUGUCUCGAGAGCUCCAUAUCCCUAUAACACACUUUCUCUGUUCCCCUUAAACAUCUCUUCUUUCUGCUUCUUCUUUAUACUGUUUCACUAGCUUCAACUAACCUUCUUGAUUUCUACAGGAAAUAGUAAUAUCUUCAUAUCUACUUCUUAAAGCUUGGCACAAUCAUGGCUGCUUUUGUACUUUCUUUAAUACUUCUCUUGGCUUUAACUGGUUACUCAAGUGGUGCUAAUUACUGUGUGUGCAAAGAUGGGGUUGGGGACGCAGUUCUGCAGCACAAUAUAGACUAUGCUUGUGGAAAUGGAGCUGAUUGUACUGGUAUCCUUCAAAAUGGUCCUUGCUACAACCCUAAUACUAUCAAAGAUCACUGCUCCUAUGCUGUAAAUAGCUAUUACCAGAGGAAGGCUUCAACUGGUGCUACUUGUGACUUCACUGGAUCUGCUACUUUGACUUCAAGUCCACCAGCCUCCUCUAGUUCUGCAUGUUAUCAGACCACAGGAGGCAGCACUGGAGGUACCACAACCCCAACUGCACCAGGAACCACAACAAAUCCAGGGAUUGGAACUGGGACCGGGACCGGGACAGGCACUAGCACUGGCACUAGCACAGGCACAGGAACUAAUACAGGUAUUAACAACCCAACUUUUGGGCUUGGACCAACAGGAAGUGGUGGCUACAACCCAGAUGGCAGUGGCACAGAGGCUCUUCAUCAGAACAGAGUUUUUAUCACCAUGGCACUUUUGUUUACAAGCAGCUUCUUGGUGGUCUGCUUAAGAAUUUAAAAAAAAAAGAAGUCUGAAUGUGAGGGAGGCAGUGAAUGAAAGAACAAAGGUUUUGAGAAGAUAAUGGACUUUUUGGGCACAAAAUAUGGGUAGCAUUUUUCAAUGGUCAGCAGGGGGAGAAUCAUCUGGACACACACUUCCACUUGGACUUCUUUUUUUGUUAUUUACUUCUUGUUCUCUUUAUUAUCUCCAUAUGAGUGGACAAAGUUGGAAUUAUAUUCCUUCUUGACGCGGAGAUGUGGCUGUUUCUGGGGUAGUAUGAUGUACCAGUAAUGUAGAAGAAUCUGAUCCCUUCUUUUUAGAUUUUUCCUUUUUGUAUAUCUAGAGAAGUAGAGACAUGAAGUAUGUAUUUUUUAUUUUAGAAAAUUUUAUUAAUGAGUACUUGCUACCCUA